AUUUCUGCAUCGAUUACACAAAAAUAAAGUCUUUGCUUAAAAACAAGCUCAGGCCAUCCUUAUUUAUUUGCAUAUUUUAAAUGUGUAUACUAUCUGCAAAAGUUUAAAAAUUGUAAAAGUUCGUUGUUCCGGUUCGGGGUAAGAAUUAUUUUUAACCCAGCUCAGUUCGUUGAUGAAUGACAUCCAUUUAAAAUAGCCGGUUGAAGUUUCAAAGUGAGUUAUUGGUUCGGCAUGGCAAAAUGCAAAGAUGAAGUGAAUCCCAAUCUUAAACAAAACGCCGAUUUGAAGACUUUGGUGCUAAACUCGUAUAUCUCAACAACAAGCUAUGUAGCCCCAUCAGAAGCCAAUUUGACUACUGCUCAAACACUUUUUGAAAAACUUUUGGAAACUAGAAGUUUUUCUGCUGAAGAUGUGGCAGCAUGGUCAAGUCUAAAUUUAAAGAUUCAACGAGCCACCGAUCAAAGUGGAAGACAAUAUGCCGUGAUCUCCGAAAUUGACCCAGCCACUGGACAUGGGCAUGGAUUUUAUGCAGUUAAAUUAGGAUUGGUGUCAAUAUCUGAAAAGUCACAAUUUCUGCACGCCCCUCACCGACCUUCAGACUUAUACACUCAUGAAAUAAUGUUUGACAUGCUGACCCUGACGGAUGUAUUUGGAGGUGGUGCUUGGGCAACAACUCAUCGAAAUAUGGUUGACCUGUGCAAAGAACCAAGUUCAUAUUACAAUAGCUUUACCAAAGCGGUUGCCAAAGCGGUGUCAGUCCCAACCAUUCUUCAAAUUCAUGGUUUUGCCAAAGAAUCCCAAGAGGUGGAUGUUGACGUAGUGUUCAGUUCUACCAAACGAGUGAUGCCCCCGGAAUUUGUGACCCUUGCAAACUGUGUAAAGGCCCAACUGAACCCAUGGAUAGUGCUACGAUUUCCGGAAGAGGUGGAUUUUUUGGGAGGAACUCUUAACAUUAAUGCGGAAUUGUUUUAUGAAGUAAACGCAGCUGGGAAAUUCGUACAUUUCGAAACAAGUAAGGAGUUAAGGGACGAAUUGCGAAUUAACUCAACUCUCAAAUUAAAAAUUUGUGAAUGUUUUUAAAAUUGUUUAUAUAUCAUGUAUGUAAUAACUGAAUAACAAUAAUUUUAUUCUGGCCUUGUUUUUGGUACAAUG